CCCUGAUUCUUUUGCUUCUGCUGCCAGAGAAAUGGAGUUAUUUUUUCCUUCAAGUGGAGUUUGUGGACCAGCAAACACCACUAAAUUUACCAAUUGUACCUGUUGCAUUAUUAAGCCCCAUGCCAUCAGUGUAGGACUGCUAGGAAAGAUCCUCAUGGCUAUCUGGGAUGCAGGUUUUGAAAUCUCAGCUAUGCAGAUGUUCAACAUGGAUCGAGUUAAUGUUGAGGAGUUUUAUGAAGUUUAUAAAGGAGUAGUAUCUGAGUAUAACGAGAUGGUAACAGAAAUGUAUUCUGGCCCUUGUGUAGCAAUGGAGAUUCAACAAAAUAAUCCUACAAAGACAUUUCGAGAAUUCUGUGGACCUGCUGAUCCUGAAAUUGCCCAGCAUUUACGCCCUGGAACCCUCAGAGCAAUCUUUGGUAAAACUAAGAUCCAGAAUGCCGUUCACUGUACUGAUCUACUGGAUGAUGGCCUCUUAGAGGUUCAGUAUUUCUUCAAGAUCUUGGAUAACUAGCAGUACAGAAAGCAAAGAAGUCACAAGCUGCGACAUUCAGACGAGAGUGAAUCACGCACAUGAGGAUGUGUUCAUUCUUUUAUUGUCCAUUGUUUUAACCUGACUGAAUACCAGAUCAACAAGAGCACUGUACUCCUGGCAAUUAUUAUAUAUGUUAGAACAUGGAUUUUGCACUGUAGACAACAUUUAACACCAGUCUAUGGGUUACUGCAUUGCUUUUUAUAAAGUCCAAAAUAAAGAUUUAUUUUCAAA